GAACGUCAAGACAGUUCUACUGUGCGGAGCGGAGACUUGGAGAACUGAUACAACUAUCAUCGAAAAUGUACAGGUAGUAAUAAACAAUUAUCUAUGCAAGACUCUGAAUGUGUGUUAGUUAAACACCGUCAGCAACAGCCUGAUGUGGCAGAGAACAGAUCAGCUUUUAGGUGAAGAGGAAAUUAGAAAGAGAUGCUGGAGGUGUACAGGACAUGCACUGUGAAAAUCAUCAGACUGCACCAUGAGGCAAGCGGUUACAUGGAAUCCUGAAUGGAAACGGAAAAGAGUCAGGCUAGUGAACACAUUGCGUCAGGAGUGGAAGGUAGAUAUCAAAAGAAUGAGCAGAAAAUAGAAUCGAUUUCCUAGGGCAGACUUGGAUGGAGAAUGCUUGUGAGCGGCCUAUGCUCAUCAACAAGAGUUAAUCAGCGUAAGGAAGUACGUAAUCGAAAGUAAGAUGUCAAUGAAGCCGAAUCAAAUUCAGAUGACAAAAUAACAGAAUUUCAAUUUAUCAAGAUAUUUUUUCGUAUGAGUGAAAAAACGUGGAAAUAACUAAUUAGUUGCUUUUUAGUAAACUUAGUCACUUCCAUUAAAGCUCGGAGAACAAAACUAAGGAAUGUCAGAUUAGUCAAUAGGAAAUGUAUUUGUGGUUGAAGAGCAGUAAACACUGAAAAAUCCAGUGAGUUGCUGGUCUUUCGGAAUUAUGCACCAUAUUUUGGAUUAAUCAGAUUUAUUUGGUAAGCUAACCAUAUAGAAAUAUUCCCUAAGCAACCUUUCUAUUAGAAAUUGAGGUCUAUAAUGUCUCAUUGAAAAACUGUCCGUUAUAACACGUUUUUAUGUAAAGUAAUAUCUUCAGAGACUGCUCGGAAAUAUCAAUAUUCUUAUAUCAUAUCAUUAACUACUCUGUCUUGAAAAAACUCUCAGACAGAAAAAUGCCUUUAAUUAUUAAGGUCAAGCGUUUAUGUUUGUUGGUAAAGCCAACUUUAUGGGUGUAAGCAAAUUUAAGGAGUUUUAAAAAGAUAAGCAAGAAUCACUUCAGCGAACAAAGGAUGAGAGUUAUUUCAUUUCACGGAUAAAUUGUGGAAAAUUAUUUCAGUCUGGGAAAUUUACUGGUAAAGUAAUUCAUAUGGACAGUGGAUUUAGAAUGACUUUGUUUCACUAGUGACCAAAACUUACGGAUGCUGUAACUAGGAGUCUCUAAAUAUUGAAUUUCUUUAUUGGAUGUGAAAGAUAGUUUAUCAGUUAAGAGUCAAGUUCAAGUUUAUUACAUCUGGACUUAUAAUUUAAGGUACAGUCAGUCCAGAGAUUACAAAGUACGCCAGAUGAUACGGAUUCAACGGUUAAUCAGCAAGUUGUUAAGAAAGAAAUAUUUACGUCUCCAGUAAAUAUAGCUAGCAAGAUGCAAAGUGAAAUGCCAAUACUGGAUGAAUUGAUCAAUCUGAAGUCACCUUCAAAAACGAAAGAAAAGUUCGAAAAUUACACAUCUGAUCGUAGAAUCAUGCGUCGGAUUGUAGCUGAAGAUCCCAACUAUAAUUUGACUAUUGUACCAACGUUGGUUGAUUUGUGCUUAAAACAAUGCAUAGAAAAUUUUGAAUAUAAUCCUAUACCAUUUAUGUAUUUGAAUGAAAAACAAAAACGUCAACUAUUAGAUUGUUUACCAACAAAUUUAUCAUUAAAAGUAACAUCUCAUAUUAUUGAUGAUGAUCUAUAUUGGACACGUUGUUGCUAUGCUAAAUGGUCAAUUAUUGAUAUAACCUAUUAUGAUGGUUCAUGGAAACGUGCAUAUUUUGAACGUUUUUUAGAAGAAAUUAUUGAAACAUUUGUGCCUGGUACAACAUAUACACCGCAUUUACAUGAAUGUGUUAAUUAUGCUGCACCAUAUGUACAACGUCUUAAUAUUCGACAACUUUUGCCUCCAUUAAAACAAAAGAAUAAACAAAAAAAAUUGGAUGAUGAUUCAGGUACCGAAAGUGAAUCAGAACAAUCUAAUCUAUCUAUACAAAUGGAUCAUUUAGAUUUGAGUCCAAUAUUAGAAAAAUUAUCAAAUUUAAAAGAAUUAAAUAUAACUUAUACAGUAAAAGAUUGUGGAAUGAAUUUUGAAUGGUCAUUAUAUCAAUUUACAUUAAAUGAUUGUUUAAAUUUAUCAAAAUCUAUACAACAACAUUCAAAUUUAAAAGUGUUAAAUUUGAUCAAUAGUCAUGUUAGUUCGGAACAAUGUCGUCUAUUAGCAACUCAUUUACAAAAUCAUUCAACAUUAGAAUGUUUAGAUUUAUCUCAUAAUUCUAUUGGUUAUCGUGGUAUACGUGCAUUAAGUAAAUUAUUAACUGGUAAAUGUCAAUUGAAAUCAUUAAAUUUAACAAAUAAUCAUUUGAAAUCUACAAGUGGUUUAGCUUUAGCUUAUGCUCUUUCACAAUCUGAUUGUCUAUUGGUACAAUUAAAUUUACGUAUGAAUAAAUUACAAGAUGAUGGAGGUAUUGCUUUAGCUAAAGCAUUAAUUCAAAAUUCUACAUUGAAAGAACUUAAUCUAGCAGUCAAUGAUUUACAUGAAAAUACAGCAACGUAUUUUGGACAUGCACUUACACAGAAUAAUACAUUGACUCAUUUAGAUUUAUCAAACAAUCAAAUCGGUGUAGCUGGCAGUAAAAAGCUUCAAGAUGGAAUAGAUCAGAAUUCAUCUUUGAUUCAUUUAGAUUUACGUUUCACUGGUAGCAGUCAAGAAGCGGAAUAUGCAAUAAGUCAACGGAUUGAAAUGAAUCAAGCAAUGACUUGUAAAUUACAACAAGAAUUUUUUGAUACACAUCAGUGUAUACCAUGUGAAAUUACAAGUGUAGCUCGACAACAACGACCAAUUGUAGAACUCUGUGGUGAAAUACCUUUUACAUCUUUAAGAAUAUAAAACACAAGUAAAGAAUGCCAAGAUCAAAGGGUAUUGUGUUUCGGGAAAAGAAAAGAGUUAUCUAGACAUUGUAAUUUAUCAUCUGAUCAGAUUCAUAUCUUCUUAUUCAUAAUCUUUGUCACUGUAAUAAUGAUAAUGAAAUCAGUAAUUAUGCUAAUGGAUUUGCUUUUUUAAAAUCGGUAAUUCUGCUGUAGGAUGUCAGUCGUGGUCCUAACGUGAUGAAUGAAAACAUAAUUGAGCAAAAUCGAAUCUACUAGGGUUGGAAGAAGCUUAAGUAAUAGUGAUGAUGAUUGGUUGAAGUUGGAAUUAUAAACCAUUUGAUAUAAACUCAUACGAUAAAAAGUUAAGCUUUUCUUACUUAAGCUUGAAGGUUCUUGGUGGGUCCAUAGACGCACAUUGCUGAGAAGGUCCGUAUUAGGAUGGCACAAUUAUCCAGUUUUGAAUGAUCGCUCAAUAAAUAUCAGAAAGUAAUACAAACUAUAAAACCUAACCUUUACAAACUUAUCAUACUAAUAAUUGAUAACAGUUGGUAAACAAAUACAAACUAAAGAGUACUAGACAAUUCUUUUAUUCUGAUUUAAAAUCUUUUACCGGGAAUUUGAAGUAGACACUAAAAGAAUGAACAGCAAGUAGAAAGGAUUGCUCAGGACAUAGUUCCGUGGAAAAUGUUGAUGGAAGGCUUAUGCUCCUCCAGGAGGGGUAACGGGCGUAAGUAAGUAUACAGUAAACACAAUUUAUUCUAUAAUCGAACUUAGAAUCCUCGAAUUUCGUGGUAAACAAAAAAUCAAUAAGGUUUUAGGUCAAUGUUUAACUUUUUAUGUAUUUUGUAUUUCCACCUUCGACCAACUCACCAACAGACAUGAUUAUCUUUCAGCAUCAUUGUUGAGUGACAAAAGGUUUAUACUGAUUCAUGC